CUCAACUAUGCACUAGGAAUCAAGAGUCUUACCAUCCAGAACCAUGACUCUUCUUACUGAGGACCAGCCUUGCAGGUUCUCUGCACCGGAAAGCCCAAUUGCAUCCAUGGAGCAGUACCAGGUGGACUCGGAGCUUAAAGAGGACUGUUUGGACAACAUGGAAGCGGCUGUUUUUGGAGUGGUGGAGCCUCCGAGGCGCUCUAGGGGAAGGUUGAUUAUGCACGGGUCGGCCAUGUUUGGAAGGGAAUUCUGCUACGCUGUUGAGGCUGCGUUUGUCACGCCAGUGUUGCUGAGCGUUGGACUUCCCAGACGUCUGUACAGUCUGGUGUGGCUCAUAAGCCCCAUUUUGGGUUUUAUCCUACAGCCCGUCAUCGGCUCGGCGAGCGACUACUGUAGGUCGUCAUGGGGCCGAAGGAGACCGUACAUACUCUUACUGGGGAUUCUGAUGUUAGUGGGCAUGACUUUAUUUCUAAAUGGAGAUGCAGUCACAACAGCCAUAAUAUCAGACAGAAAUUUAAAAAGGACAUGGGCCAUCGUGGUGGUGAUGUUUGGAGUGGUUUUGUUUGACUUUGCCGCAGACUUCAUUGACGGACCCAUUAAAGCCUAUUUGUUUGAUGUGUGUUCUCAUCGGGAUAAAGAGCGGGGUCUUCAUUACCAUGCUUUACUCACAGGUCUGGGUGGAGCGUGUGGUUACCUGAUUGGAGCCAUGGACUGGGGUCACUCCGCUCUUGGCUCCAUUCUGGGCUCUGAGUACCAAGUCAUCUAUUUCUUUUCAUCUCUGACCUGGGGCAUUUUUCUCACCACGCACCUUUUCAGCAUCCCAGAGAAGCCACUGAUGAAAGAGCCCAGCUCAGAUUCCUGUCCCUCCGCCUCGCUGCUCCCUGAAGGCCCGCUUCAAAAUGGCUACGGCUCCGUGUGUAAAGAGCCAGUGUCUCUUUCUAACGUGAGGGAGCGCACCUUCUCUGUCCUGAGUGAAGCCAACGCUGUUACGCCCAGUGCCAAACAGCCCAACAGCGAGGUACAGAAGCGGAUGACCCUGAAAUCUCUCCUGUCAGCUAUGGUUAGCAUGCCUAGCCAUUACCGCUGUCUCUGCAUGACUCAUCUGUUGGGCUGGACGGCUUUCCUCUGCAACAUGCUCUUCUUCACUGACUUUAUGGGGCAGAUUGUAUAUAAGGGGAAUCCGUAUGCUGAACACAAUUCCACUGCCUAUGCCACCUAUGAGAGAGGGGUUGAAGUGGGCUGUUGGGGUCUAUGCAUCAACGCCGUCUCCUCUGCACUCUAUUCAUAUGUGCAGAGGCUGCUUCUGCCAUAUAUUGGCCUGAAGGGACUGUACUUCCUUGGCUACUUUAUGUUUGGUUUGGGAACCGGUCUGAUCGGCUUGUUUCCAAACAUCGUGGCCACACUGACACUGUGCUGUGUGUUUGGAGUCAUGUCCAGCACUCUCUACACCAUCCCAUUCAACCUCAUCUCGGAGUACCACAAGGCAGAAGAGGAGCAAAGGAAAUUAGGCGGAGAUGGAGUGGCUCCUGAGGGCCGCGGGACAGGGAUGGACUGCGCCGCUCUUACCUGUAUGGUUCAGUUGGCUCAGGUUAUUGUUGGAGCUGGACUGGGAGCUCUGGUCAAUCUAGCGGGUAGCGUGAUUGUAGUAGUGCUUUCUGCCUCAACAGUGUCCCUAAUCGGCUGCCUCUUUAUUGCUAUCUUCAUGUGAUGUACAGAAUAAGCCUCAAAUAAAUACCCUUUCUCUA